AUGGCUUUCCAUCCUAUAACCAUCGCCUCCCUCUUUGUUGCUGUGUUAUUCUCAUCCGGCGUGCUUGCAGAAGGGAAGACUGCGGCACCUUGGGACCAGGACUGUUGGUGGUACGACAAUGCGAACUCCACUGCUGCCUCUUGCAACGGCGUCCGGAAUAGGGUGUGCGCUGGCGGCUGCACUGGCUACGUCACCGCCACAAACUGUACCACUAGUCACAAAAUGGACGACCCAAAACCCCCGCUAACUACUGAAAAAUGUACCGUCUCAUACGGCAGGUCAUCUGCAACCAUGUCAAUUUGCGUUGCAGAGAAUCGGAGUUUCAUUUGCUACGGGCGACCGACUGGCAGAGCUAGGUGUAAAGGGUGCAGUGAAUCCGGAAGCUCUGGAAACGGCAACGAUGGAAAAGGGAAAGGAAACGGGGAGAACGAUGGAAGUGGUGACAAGUCCGCUCCCGGAGGCUCCCCGACCGACAAGAAUGCUCCACCUCAAACCAAUUCCACAACCGGCAGUACCAGCACUCCGCCGACGACAACAAGUUCUCCCACGGAUGGCAAUGCCGAUCCCCCGAAACAGGAAGCCAGCCCCAAAAGUUCUUCCGGAGCUUCAUUGGGCUGGAAUGGCUUCUCCUUGGCCGUUGCCACCUUUUUGUCCUCGUUUUUUUUCCAAUAA